AAAGGAGGAUAAAAAUGAGGUGAAGGGAAGGUUCACUCGGAUUCGGCGGACUCGGAGAAACUGAGAGGGAAAGAGGGGAAAACUGGGAAAAUGUGUGCCCUGAAAGCUUCACUCCUGCUGGCUGCUCUCUGCCUCUGGCUCCGGUGCUCAUCUGCGGACAAACUCGGGGUGCUGGAUGAGGGUUUGAGGUCUAACCUGACGAAGCCGAACGCUGCGGCGGUGAACAUCAGUCUGUACUACGAGUCUCUGUGUCCCGGCUGCCGACAGUUCCUGGUGGGGGAGCUCAUGCCGACGUUCUUCAUGCUGAGCGACAUCAUGAACGUGGAGCUGGUUCCGUUCGGGAACGCGCAGGAGAAGAAGAUUGGAGACAAGUACGAGUUCAUCUGUCAGCAUGGAGCAGACGAGUGUCAGGGCAACAUGAUCGAGACCUGCAUGCUGAAUAAAAUGGGAAUUUAUGCGUAUUUGGUGAUAAACUGCAUGGAGAUGGCCAAAGAUGUGCUGAAUGCAGCGAAACCGUGCGCCGAUCUGUUCAGUGAUGUUCCGUGGAAGACCAUCGACUCCUGCGUGACCGGAGACGAGGGGAACAAACUGAUGCAUCAGAACGCUGUGAAGACCGGAGCGCUGAAGCCGCCGCACGAAUACGUCCCCUGGAUCACCAUCAAUGGAGAACACACUGAAGACCUGCAGCAGAAAGCCAUGAGCUCCCUCUUCAACCUCGUCUGCAGUUUGUACAAGGGAGAGAAGCCGGCCGCGUGCACUCUGGGGAUGAAAGGGAAAAAGGGAAGUUUCUGCUGAUCCGGUUUUCCUCUCGGAUUCUCCGUUCUGCUGCAUCACUUUCAUAAUCAAUCAGUUUUUAUAACCUUUCAGUUUAAACAGUGAAUUCACUUCAUUAGACCUAAUCCACAGUUUCAGUGUCAGGAAUGCUGUGAAGGUAUGAAGCACUUCAGCAGAGUGUGGUUAUUAUUUUAAUAAAAGAAUAAAACCUCA